AUGAACUUGGCAAGAGCUGGGCACCUUCGCUCCCCUCCGCAGCCCAGUCCCCUAAGCUCCGACCAGGAUGAGGUUGAGAUCGACGUGCUGGCAGAGGAGGAAGAUGGAGACCAGACGGAGGAGGACGACGAGGAGAAGGCCGAGGAGAUAAGCCAGAAGUGCCUGGAGCCGCCGCUGCCGGGGCCCGGAGCCCGCACGCUUCCCGGGAGGAGCGCGGGGGACCGCGGCGGUCUGAGCAACUCCUCGGGAUUCAUCCGUAAGUUCCGAGCGCCGCGGACAGCCGCGACCGCCGCCGCAGCCGACGGCCCGCAGCCCGCCAAGCCGCCGUACUCCUACAUCGCGCUCAUCACCAUGGCCAUCCUGCAGAGCCCGCACAAGCGCCUGACGCUCAGCGGCAUCUGCGCCUUCAUCAGCGGCCGCUUCCCCUAUUACCGCCGCAAGUUCCCCGCCUGGCAGAACAGCAUCCGCCACAACCUGUCGCUCAACGACUGCUUCGUCAAAAUCCCCCGCGAGCCCGGCCACCCGGGCAAGGGCAACUACUGGAGCCUGGACCCAGCCUCCCAGGACAUGUUCGAUAACGGCAGCUUCCUCCGGCGCAGGAAGCGCUUCAAGCGCCACCACCCGGCCCCGGGAGGUCCCUCCCACGGCCCCUUCCCUCCGCCCGCUGUGCCCGCCACCCUGCACGUCUCCCACCCCAGCCUCCUGUUCCGCUCCUCUGCCCCGCCGUCGCAGCCUGGCCUCGCAGCCCAUCCUGCCGCCCCGCCCGGGAGCCGCCCGUGCGCGCCGCUGCACCCGCAUCCGCUCCGCUACCUACUGCUCGCCGCCCCCGCCUACGCCGAAGCGCCCAGAAAAGCCGAAGAGGCGGACCCGGCUACACCCCGUGCCAUCCCCGCGCUGCAACCCAUCCUGGGUUCCCAGCCUUGGGACUGGGACGAGGGCUCCGGAUCUCGGCCCGGACGUGGGUGUACCUCCUUCACCAUCGAGAGUAUCAUGCAGGGGGUGAGAGGAGGAGGAGGAGGAGGAACCGGGGCUGCUCUGAGUCCGCCCUCCGCUCCGUGGAGCUACUGCCACCUGCUGCAGCACCGGUCCUGCCUGCUGCACCCCCAGGCCGUUUCCCCUUUGCUGCAAGUGUCCGCCGCUGCCCGGACAAUGCUGCAGCAGCAGCCUCAGCAGCAGCAGCAGCAGCAGCACUGUGCCCGGAGCUGCGCUCCAGGUAAAGGCAUGCGCCUGGGCCGACACCUGUCGGCCGUUGCGGCGCUGCUGAGGCAUCAGCCUGCGGCCGAGGACUGCAGGCUGACAACUCUGGCCGCUCUUUCGGGCAGAGAGGGGACCUUGCCUGCAUUUUAA